AUGGCAUCAAAAAAUGCACAGAGAAUAAAUAUGUAUGAGGCAGAUUGUGCAAGAGAGAAGCCCUACAAGUGCGGGGAAUGCGGGAAGAGCUUCAGCCACAGCUCCAGCCUGAUCCGCCACCAGAGGAUCCACACCAGGGAACGGCCCUUCCAGUGUGAGCAAUGUGGGAAGAGCUUCAACCAGAGCUCCCACUUGAUCCGCCACCAGAACAUCCACGCUGAGGAAAGGCCGUACAAGUGUGGGGAAUGUGGGAAGGGCUUCAACCAGAGGUCCAAACUGAUCAUCCACCAAAUGAUCCACACUGGGGAGAGGCCCUACGAGUGCGGGGAAUGUGGGAAGAGCUUCAGCCAGAGGUCCCACCUGAUCUGCCACCAGAGGAUCCACACUGGGGAGAGGCCCUACAAAUGUGAGGAAUGUGGGAAGGGCUUCAGCCACAGUUCCACCCUGAUCCGCCACCAGAGGAUCCACACCAGGGAACGGCCCUACCAGUGUGAGCAAUGUGGGAUGAGCUUCAGCCAGACCUUCCACCUGAUCUGCCACCAAAGGAUCCACACUGGGGAGAGGCCCUACAAGUGUGAGCAAUGUGGGAAGAGCUUCAACCAGAGCUCCAACUUGAUCCGCCACCAGAACAUCCACGCUGAGGAAAGGCCAUACAAGUGUGGGGAAUGUGGGAAGGGCUUCAACCAGAGAUCCAAACUGAUCAUCCACCUAAAGAUCCACACUGGGGAGAGACCUGACAAGCCCUUCUGCUGCCAAGACUGCAGGAAGGGCUUCAAGCACAACUCCACCCUCAUCAUUCACCAGCGUAUCCACACUGGGGAAAUGCCCUACAAGUGUGCGGAAUGCAGGAAGGGCUUCCACCAGAGUUUCCAACUGGUCAUCCACCAAAUGAUCCACAAUGGGGAGAGGCCCAACGAGUGUGGGGAAUGUGGGAUGAGCUUCAGCAUAAGCUCCCACCUGAUCCGCCACCUAAGGAUCCAAACCAGGGGUGGGGAACGGCCCUACAAGUGUGGGGAAUGUGGGAAGGGCUUCAAGCACAACUCCACCCUUGUGACCCACCAUCGCAUCCACACUGGAGAGAAGCCCUACAAGUGCGGGGAAUGCGGGAAGAGCUUCAGCCACAGCUCCAGCCUGAUCCGCCACCAGAGGAUCCACACCAGGGAACGGCCCUUCCAGUGUGAGCAAUGUGGGAAGAGCUUCAACCAGAGCUCCCACUUGAUCCGCCACCAGAAUAUCCACGCUGAGGAAAGGCCGUACAAGUGUGGGGAAUGUGGGAAGGGCUUCAACCAGAGGUCCAAACUGAUCAUCCACCAAAUGAUCCACACUGGGGAGAGGCCCUACGAGUGCGGGGAAUGCGGGAAGAGCUUCAGCCAGAGAUCCCACCUGAUCUGCCACCAGAGGAUCCACACUGGGGAGAGGCCCUACAAAUGUGAGGAAUGUGGGAAGGGCUUCAGCCACAGUUCCACCCUGAUCCGCCACCAGAGGAUCCACACCAGGGAACGGCCCUACCAGUGUGAGCAAUGUGGGAUGAGCUUCAGCCAGACCUUCCACCUGAUCUGCCACCAAAGGAUUCACACUGGGGAGAGGCCCUACAAGUGUGAGCAAUGUGGGAAGAGUUUCAACCAGAGCUCCAACUUGAUCCGCCACCAGAACAUCCACGCUGAGGAAAGGCCAUACAAGUGUGGGGAAUGUGGGAAGGGCUUCAACCAGAGAUCCAAACUGAUCAUCCACCUAAAGAUCCACACUGGGAAGAGACCUGACAAGUGCCCUGAGCGUAUCCACACUGGGGAAAUGCCCUACAGAUGUGGGGAAUGCAGGGAGGGCUUCCACCAGAGCCUCCUACUGGUCAUCCACCAAAUGAUCCACACCAACGAGUGUGGGGAAUAUGGGAUGAGCUUCAGCAUAAGGUCCCACCUGAUCUGCCACCUGAGGUUUCACACAUGUCCCGCUUGUGGGAAGAGCUUGUCCAGGAGCUCUCACUUGAGCAGACACCAACGGAGACACCAGUAA